AUUGAUUACAAAUUGAUUACGCAUCUGGCCACGUCGCAGUUAUGAAUAUGUAUCAGGAUGACCACUUAUCUGUGCCGACUGGCUUAUGUCACGAUAGCGUUGACAGGUCCAGGGAAAUUUGACGAAUUCACGCAGUAAAUGGCUAUAAAUGUGAACUCGUUUGGAACGGUCUCCUCAGAAGUUAUCAUUCCUGCAGAGAAGUUCAAAUUUUGUUAGACUAUUCGUGUAACAAUGAAGCAAUUUACGUUGCUGGUGGUCACGGUGCUUAUUCUGGGAGCUCAGGCUACACCGGAUCGAUCUUCGCGUAUCAUCAACGGACAUGCCUCUCCUCUUCAACCUUACAACGUGUACCUUUUGUAUUUAAACGCAAAUAACGCAGGGUUCUACGGAGGUGGUUCGAUCAUUUCUACGCGCCAUGUUCUAACCGCAGCGCAGAACAUUUUCGGCUAUAUCCGAUGGGACAUCGGAAUGGGAAGCAACAUCUUCUCGCAGCUGUCCGCAGUUACCUCAACCGAUGCUACGGCUCAUCCGUCAUACAAUUCCGCUAACAAGGCUAACGACAUCGGUAUAGUAACGCUGCCUGUAGCUUUAGUGUUCUCAUCUACCAUACAACCGAUUGGACUUCCUCCGCUGACCAGCACAGCAAGUCCUCUACCUCUUGAAAAUGAACAAGGUUUCGUCGUAGGUUUUGGAUUUACCAACGCCGCCUCCACAUCCCAAUCGGCCACUCUGGUUCGCUCCUAUCCGCGGGUCACCGCCAACCUCCGGUGUCAGCAGUUCUACGCGAUUACGCUUCCGCUGCACUUCUGUGCCGAAAACAACAUUGAACUUUCGAACAUUUGCAAUGGCGAUCUGGGAGCUGGGUUCAUCACCGAUGUUCGUGGAACUCCGACCGUUACGGGGAUUGCUUCGUUGAUCAGUGCAAGCUGCGGAAACACAACCCCAUCGGGAUACACCCGUGUCGAGUCCUACCGGCAGUGGAUCUACAGUAUCACGUUGGUCUAGAGCAGUAGUGGUGCAGUUCGAGUAAGAGUGUGAUUGAAGUGCGAAUAAUUUUAUGUAAGAAAACAAGAUUUUGAAUAAUACUAAACAUGAUUGUUUCCGAAAUAACCUGCCGACAUGAUAAACGGAUGAACCAUCACAUGCAAAAGUGGGACAAAUUUAGACUAUUAUAAGCCUAGACUAGUUUUGUAUUGUAUGUGCUAUUUUGCACCACUUCGACUGUAUAACAAUAGCGCCAUAUUGUGGAAAAUAGAAGAAUUGUGUUAUGUCGAUAAUUACUAAAUCGAACGAGAUAAACGGUAGCGCUUGGUAUAAAGAUUGAAAAUCUUUUUCGAAGAGCCAUUGUAGAUACUCCGAAAAUGCAGAGGCCAUUGUGAGGAGAAGAUAAGAGAUACGAUAGAUAACUGAAAAUUACGGUCGAUUGGUUCAGAAAAUAGAUAGGGGAAAUGACGGCUUUAGCAGGUUUUGUUCUAUUAAUGUCAGGGGGUUUUUGUUGAACAAAUUUUAUGAAAUUUGGGCACAAUAUUCUUUGAUAUGCAAAGAAUGUUUAGGCCAAAUUUGAGCAUAAUUAAUUAUAGAAAACCCCCUGACAAUAAUAGAACAAAACCUGCCAAAG